AUGUUCCGUUACUUCUUGCUCUUCGCUCUCGUCUCCAUUGCAUCCGCAAGUCUUCUCUCCAUCUGUCAAAACUACUGUGCUUCUUACAACGGAGGAGCAUCUUACGACAACUGCUCUCCAUGGAUCAGUUUCGCCACUCAAACGAACCAGACCUGCUACAAUCUCUGUGUCCACCAGUGCCAUGUUGUUUAUGAAGGAGCCUGUAUGACUGGAAACCAAUACCGUUGCUGUCUCGAGACAUUCCCAGCCAAGAAGCAGCCAUUCAAGGUCAGCGGAUGCAACAAGCUCUACAAUAAUCUUGUCUAA